CACACAAGCAGUUGAAACCAUAAUAUCGUCUUUUGGUUAUGGCUUCUAAGCACUCUCUUCAGCUGUUAGGGAUGCUCAUCGUCUUCCUUAUAAGCUUGCUGGCUCUUGCUAAGCCAGCAUUAAUGGCAGAUCAUGAUGAUGAAGUCCCAGCAGAUUUUAACCGUACUUAUUUUCCAGAUGACUUCAUUUUUGGGACUGCCACUUCUGCUUACCAGAUAGAAGGUGCAGCAAACAGAUCAGGCAGAGGACCAAGUGUCUGGGACACAUUUACUCAUAAGUAUCCAGAAAGGAUAAAGGAUCGCAGCAAUGGAGAUGUUGCAGUUGAUUUCUAUCACCGCUACAAAGAAGAUAUAAAAAACGUGAAGGGUAUGGGUUUCAAUGCUUUCAGAUUCUCUAUUUCCUGGCCAAGAGUUAUACCUAGUGGAAGGAGAAGUGAAGGAGUAAACGAAAAAGGGAUUGAAUUCUACAACAAUGUCAUCAAUGAAACUAUAAACCAAGGCCUUCAGCCUUUUGUUACUAUUUUUCAUUGGGAUACUCCUCAAGCUUUAGAGGACAAAUAUGGUGGCUUUUUAAGCCGUAAUAUCGUGGAAGAUUAUCGUGAAUAUGCAGAUCUUCUCUUUGAAAGAUUUGGUGAUCGAGUGAAAUUUUGGAUGACUUUCAAUGAACCAUGGUCUCUUAGUGGAUUCUCCUAUGAUUAUGGAGUUUUUGCUCCUGGUCGAUGCUCAUCUUGGGUGAAUCCUCAAUGUCGUGCUGGAAACUCAGCCACUGAACCUUAUAUAGUUGCCCAUCAUUUACUUCUUGCUCAUUCUGCAGCUGUACAAGUGUAUAGAGGAAAGUACAAGAAAACUCAAAAUGGCCAAAUUGGGAUCACACUUUUUACCUUCUGGUAUGAACCUCUCUCCAAUAGAAAAGAAGAUAUCGAUGCAUCCAAAACAGCCCUCGAUUUUAUGUUUGGAUUGUGGAUGGAUCCUAUAACCUAUGGUCAAUAUCCAAGGACUGUGCAAGAUUUAGUUGCAGAUAGAUUGCUCAAUUUCACUGUCAAAGAAAGUCAAUUGCUUAAAGGAUCAUAUGAUUUUCUUGGGCUACAAUACUACACUUCAUAUUACGCAAAGCCAAAUGGUUCAAUUGAUCCAGAUCAUAUUAGAUACAAAACUGACAAUCGCAUUACUGAAACUCCUUAUGAUUAUAAUGGUAAUCUCAUUGGUCCCCAGGCUUAUUCAUCUUGGUUUUACAUUUUUCCGAAAGGUAUCAGACAUCUUUUGAACUAUACCAAAGAUAAAUACAAUGAUCCAGUAAUUUAUAUUACUGAAAAUGGAGUUGACAAUUUUAAUAAUGAAACUGAAUCUAUUGAGGAAGCACUUAAUGAUCAAUUCAGGAUAGACUAUUAUAAAGAACACAUGUGGCACGCUCUAAGAUCCCUCAAGGAUUACCAUGUUAAUAUCAAAGGUUACUUUGCAUGGUCAUAUCUGGACAACUUCGAAUGGAAUAUUGGUUAUACUUCAAGGUUUGGUUUGUACUAUGUAGACUACAAGAACAACCUGACAAGAACCCGCAAAAAUUCAGCUGACUUUUUCGAGAAAUUCCUGAAUCCACUAAAUACUUUAGAAAAUAUUGCCCAGAUUACUUCAGGGUAUUCAAGGAAACUUGGGAAAUUCUACAUAAUGUAGCCUGUGUUGUGCCUUGUAAGGGUGCCAUUUCAACCUGUAUUGCAAUUAAAUAAUCAUCACUGGGCUACUCCUUAGCUCCUGUGACGUUACUUGUGUUCUAUAUAUUAAAUAUUUGGUGAUAUUUUGUCCCCUACGAGAAUCCAAGCAUGACUUGUUGUAUUGUAA